AUGGCCGUAUCAGCCCUGAUUCUCUCAAUUUCCUUCCUCGUGUCCUCCAUCUCCGCAUUGAACACCUUGGCCGCCCUACCACUACCUGAUGAACUUAAACACGCCGGUCAGUACCAGUUCCUGACAAACAUCGCCUUGUCUCUCUCAACUGCUUAUGCCGCCAUCAACAUCUACCACUCACUGACAGGAAAAGCCUCCACUCUGAAAGAGUACUCGAGCGCAACCGUCCUCCCCCUCAACUUCAUUGUCUCCCUCGUCUACUGGUCCCUCCGCAUAUGCUUCACCAACCUAAUCAUCGCCGACAAUGUCGAAAAAUACAUCCCCUUAUCCCUUGACUUGAAGAUCCACCUCCUCCCGCUCCUAUACACAGCACUCGACUACUUCCUCCUUAUGGACCCUUGGUCCAUCGACUCCAAAACGGCCUACAUCAUUGUUUCCUCUCUUGCAAUCCUCUACUGGGCAUGGUUGCAUCUAUUGAUGGACGAAUCUUCCUCUUACCCAUACCCGUUCCUAAACGUUAGCACCGGAAAUAGGAUCCUCAUAUUUGUUCUUAUCUCCCUAAUUGCCUUUGCUACAUUUCUCUCAGCUAAACGUCUCCACCCUGCAAGGAAACUAAAAAACUUCUAA